CGCCCUCCAUGGACUGGAGCCACAGGCAGCCCAACUCCUGCCAGGGCAGGGCCAAGGCACCACCCACAGCCAGGGAGGCCAGAGUGCGGAGCCAGCCAGCUCCCCUAGGUGGGUGGCUCACGUCCAGGGCCAGGGGAGCCCCUUGCUCCCCAUUCCUGCCCUGCCAGCUGGAAGCCUGUCUGUCCACUGCCCUCUCCCACUGACGGUGGCCCCAGGACCAGGGAGGAGGAUGGCGGAGAUGAGUAACUCGAGGUCCCAAGAGGAGCCGUCACCUGCCGGAGAGCACGUCUAGCACAGCCAGCAUCAAACCAGGCCUGCUGAGAGGAGCCCAAGUGUGUGCCCUCGUGGCGCUGACAGCACCAGCGCCAUGUUCGGGAAGAAGAAGAAGAGGGUCGAGAUCUCCGCGCCAUCCAACUUUGAGCACCGCGUGCACACAGGCUUCGACCAGCACGAGCAGAAGUUCACGGGGCUGCCCCGCCAAUGGCAGAGCCUGAUUGAGGAGUCGGCUCGCCGGCCUAAGCCCCUUGUGGACCCUGCCUGCAUCACCUCCAUCCAGCCUGGGGCCCCCAAGACCAUCGUGCGGGGCAGCAAAGGCGCCAAGGAUGGGGCCCUCACGCUGCUACUCGACGAGUUUGAGAACAUGUCGGUGACGCGCUCCAACUCCCUGCGGAGAGACAGCCCCCCGCCACCUGCCCGUGCCCGCCAGGAAAACGGGAUACCCGCAGAGCCAGCCAGAGCAGCCCCAGAGAAGGCGGGCAGCCAAGGCCGGGGUGCCGGUCGCAGUGAAGCGGGUGGCAGCAGUGGUGACAGGCGGCGGGUGGGGCCAGAGAAGAGGCCCAAGUCUUCCAAGGAGGGCUCAGGAGGACCCCAGGAGUCCUCCCGGGACAAACGCCCCCUCUCUGGGCCUGACGUCGGCACCCCGCAACCUGCCGGUCUGGCUGGUGGGGCCAAAGCGGCAGCUGGUCGGCCCUUUAACACAUACCCGAGGGCUGACACGGACCACCCGGCCCGGGGCGUCCAGGGGGAGCCUCAUAGCCUGGCCCCCAACGGGCCAUCGGCUGGGGGCCUGGCGGUCCCCCAGUCCUCCUCCUCCUCCCGGCCUCCCACCCGAACCCGUGGACCCCCCAGCCCAGGAGUGCUGGGUCCCCAUGCCUCUGAGCCCCAGCUGGCUCCUCUAGCCCGCCCUGUCGCUGCCCCUACCCCUGCCGGGCCCCCGGCCCCCGGGCCCCCCGGGCCCCGCUCGCCACAGCGGGAACCCCAGCGAGUGUCGCACGAGCAGUUCCGGGCUGCCUUGCAGCUGGUAGUGGACCCUGGCGACCCUCGCUCCUACCUGGACAACUUCAUCAAGAUCGGCGAGGGCUCCACAGGCAUCGUGUGCAUCGCCACCGUGCGCAGCUCAGGCAGGCUGGUGGCGGUCAAGAAGAUGGACCUGCGCAAGCAGCAGAGGCGCGAGCUCCUCUUCAAUGAGGUGGUGAUCAUGCGGGACUACCAGCACGAGAACGUGGUGGAGAUGUACAACAGCUACCUGGUCGGGGACGAGCUCUGGGUGGUCAUGGAGUUUCUGGAGGGCGGCGCCCUCACCGACAUCGUCACUCACACCAGGAUGAACGAGGAGCAGAUCGCCGCCGUGUGCCUGGCCGUGCUUCAGGCCCUGGCCGUGCUCCAUGCACAGGGAGUUAUCCACCGCGACAUCAAGAGCGACUCCAUCCUGCUGACCCACGACGGCAGGGUGAAGCUCUCGGACUUCGGGUUCUGCGCCCAAGUCAGCAAGGAGGUACCACGGAGGAAGUCCCUGGUCGGCACGCCCUACUGGAUGGCCCCAGAGCUCAUCUCUCGCCUUCCCUAUGGGCCAGAGGUAGACAUCUGGUCUCUGGGGGUGAUGGUGAUCGAGAUGGUGGAUGGGGAGCCCCCCUACUUCAACGAGCCCCCCCUCAAAGCCAUGAAGAUGAUUCGGGACAAUGUGCCACCUCGACUGAAAAACCUGCACAAGGUGUCACCCUCCCUGAAGGGCUUCCUGGACCGCCUGCUGGUACGGGACCCAGCCCAGCGGGCCACAGCGGCUGAGCUGCUCAAGCACCCGUUCCUGGCCAAAGCGGGCCCGCCCGCCAGCAUCGUGCCCCUCAUGCGCCAGAACCGCACCAGAUGAGGCCCAGUGCCCUGUCCCUGAACCAAAGAGCCCCUUGGGUCACCCCGUCCCACCACGGGCCAGUCGGGGAGAGGCCCCCACUUCUCCCCACCCAGGAUACACUCCAUGUGGCACCGCCCUCCUUGUCGGCGGUCGGGGAGCGUGCAGGACCCUACUACUGAACUCCAGGUUUGAUUUUGUGACUUUAAAAAAAAAAAAAACAAAACACAGGGACUUGCGGAAGCAAAUGAGGGUUCCCAGCCUCCCCACCCUCCGGGAUGGUCCCUCCCUGUGUCUUCCUGUCUUCCAGGAAGGACAGACAGCCCCCCUAUCACUGGAAAUCAUCUGCAGUGGGGGCUGCUGUGGGUGGAGAGAACACUACGAGAGG